CAACAGGAAACUCCACGGAAGUAGCAUGGGCACGCCUAAUUCGUGUUCAACAAUCAACCUCAAAGCCCUUCUAUAUAUAUAUAUAUAUAGAUUCAUUUGGUCCCCAAGCAUCCCUCACAUCCUCCACUUCUUGUUCCAUUUUCCCCAACUCAGUCUCAAUAUUCCUGAAACUCCCCACCGUCACCCCCAUUUUCCAUCUUCUAUAUAGACAAGAGACAACUAUAUACCCAAGACUUAACACCAUACAUUCAUAUAUACCUUCACCACCAAUAUCUAAUCCAAAUUACACCCACAAAAAAUGUCUAGUCUUAGACCAAGAUCCGCAGCCACCAAGCAACCAUCCUUAAAAGAAACAAACAACGACGCCCCAACCCCCUCCGCCGUUGAUACCGACUCCGAUUCCUCAAAAGCCCCACCACAACGCCAGCCCUCUGUGCAACAGCGGGCAACGCAAUCCCUGACAAGCACAGCCGCCAACUUAGCCAAUCUCCUUCCCACGGGGACCCUCCUCGCCUUCCAAAUCCUCACCCCAGUCUUCACGAACAACGGCGCUUGUGACUCCGCCACGCGCUACAUGACAGUCGUCCUCCUUGUCCUCCUUGCCCUGUCAUGUUUCCUGGCAUCCUUCACCGACAGUAUCAAGGCCUCGGAUGGACGAGUCUACUAUGGCUUCACCACCUUCAAAGGGUUGUGGCUGUUUGAUUACCCGGACGCUUCGGGCGCUGGACUGCCGGAUUUGAGCAAGUUUAGAAUAAGGGCGAUUGAUGGGAUUCAUGCGGUUUUAUCUGUGCUGGUGUUUGGUGCUGUGGCUCUGAAGGAUAAGAAUGUUUUUCAAUGCCUUUAUCCACAGCCCGGGCAGCAGACUCAGGAGGUUUUGAACAUUGUUCCAGUUGGGGUUGGGCUCAUUUGCAGUCUCUUGUUUGUGGUUUUCCCCACUAGGAGACACGGCAUUGGGUACCCUGUAACAGCAGGCAAUUAAAUUCAUUCUCCAUUUUGUUUUUUUUUUUUUUUUCUUUUUGUAAGCAUUUUGAUUUAAUAAUUAUUUACGAUCGAUCGAAGAUUUUCUUCUAAUUAAUUUGUAUAUUUUGUUUUAGUUGGAAGAUAGUGUAAGAUGCAAGAUUAAUUGAUUCAGGAGCAAGAAUAUCAAUCACUUGAAUUCAACGAAUUUCGUUAAUUAAGAUCAAUUGGGUUGUCGGUGUUCUUAUG